GCGCAGGCGUGAUCCAAUCUGAGCCUUGCAAAAAAGCGGAUAGAUCCUGGACUCGACGUCGUAUGCGUGUAUCUGUUAUUGUUAUUUUUCACAAACGAUUAUAAACAUUAGGCCAGUGACAGUCUACUUUUUGGAAUCGUCUUCGAAGGCAACGCGUUUCCUUGGUUACUGAUCUCGACGAACAGUAUUUUCAACCUGUGGAUAGUGCGCGGCGUGCGUCUGGAGAUUACUCUCGGAUCAGUGGUCGGAGCUGUGAUAGCCUAACUGGGACGCGUUGCCCGAAGCCGGCUGCGCGCGGGGUCCGCUGUCUCUUAUUAGGCAGUGAACUGAUUUUCGGUUUAUGAAUGGCACUGACAUGGAGGAAAUUCCGUUUCAGAAAGUCAAAACCCGGCGAAAGAAAGGCUACUGUCCACCGGGUGUCCCUCUCCCCCUGACUGCCAUCGUCUGCGAGGAUGAGUUCGAUUGCAAGGAACUGGAGUCUCUAUUCCAGAAUUACAACCUGAAGCUGGAACAGACGUCCACUCUCAAAGCCCUGGCGGUGCUAAUUAUCAUGGCAUCGACCCUGGCCGUGGUGGAGUUGCUGUCCGGUCCCAGUUUGACGAUCUCCAAGGGGUCCCAUCCAAUCCACAGUAUCAUCUUCGUUUCCCUGUUUAUAGUUACCAAUGUGAAGUACCUACAGGUCACACAGCUCCAGCAGAUCGUUAAUCUGACCCUGCUUUUCGGCUUCACCUUCUCCUUCCUCUGUUGUCCCUUCUCUCUCGGCGCAAUUGGCAUUGAGUCCCAGACGUCUCCGGAGCAGGGCUUGUGGCAGCUUAUGCUGGUCACAUUUGUCGCCUAUGCCCUCCUCCCUGUGCGAACUCUUUUAGCUAUAGUGUUUGGAGUAAUGGUGUCCAUCUGUCACAUUAUUGUAACAGCCACCUCGGUCACUGUCAAGACACCGGAAUUGUGGAGGACGCUCGUGGCCAACACAGCGCUGUUUACCAGUGUGAAUCUGUCAGGACUGUUUGUGCGUAUCCUGACAGAGCGAGCACAGAGGAAGGCUUUCCUUCAGGCACGCAACUGCAUUGAGGAGAGGCUCCGCAUGGAAGAUGAGAACGAGAAACAGGAACGCCUCUUGAUGAGUCUACUGCCCAGGAACGUGGCUAUGGAGAUGAAGGAGGACUUCCUAAAACCCCCCGAAAGGAUAUUCCACAAGAUCUACAUCCAGCGUCAUGACAACGUCAGCAUCCUCUUUGCAGACAUUGUUGGCUUCACCAGUCUUGCCUCCCAGUGUACUGCCCAGGAGUUGGUCAAACUCCUCAACGAGCUCUUUGGGAAGUUUGAUGAGCUGGCUACGGAGAAUCACUGUCGGAGGAUUAAGAUCCUGGGGGACUGUUACUACUGUGUGUCUGGACUGACCCAGCCCAAGACUGACCACGCCCACUGCUGUGUGGAAAUGGGCCUGGACAUGAUCGACACCAUCACGUCGGUGGCCGAGGCCACGGAGGUGGACCUGAACAUGCGUGUGGGCCUGCACACGGGCCGUGUUCUGUGCGGCGUCCUGGGUCUGAGGAAGUGGCAGUACGACGUGUGGUCCAACGACGUGACCCUGGCCAACGUGAUGGAGGCCGGGGGACUGCCUGGUAAGGUCCACAUCACCAAGUCAACACUGGAGUGCCUGAACGGAGACUACGAGGUAGAACCGGGCAACGGCCACGAGAGGAACGCUUUCCUCCAGAAACACGACAUCGAGACCUUCUUCAUCGUGCCAUCCCACCGACGGAAGAUAUUCCCAGGAUUGAUUCUCUCGGACAUAAAGCCUGCCAAAAAGAUGAAGUUCAAAACGGUGUGCUACUUACUGGUGCAGCUCAUGCACUGCAGGAAGAUGUUCAAGGCAGAGAUCCCUUUCUCCAACGUCAUGAACUGUGAGGAUGGAGACAAGGUACAUAAACUCAUGUGCGGAAGUGUGAGCUUGCGUGCAGAGGAGGAGAGGGACGGCAUGGAGAAGGUCAAAUUGGACAACAGGAGAAUCCUCUUCAACCUCUUGCCAGCGCAUGUGGCUCAACACUUUCUCAUGUCCAACCCCAGAAACAUGGAUCUCUACUACCAGUCCUAUGCUCAGGUAGGGGUGCUGUUCGCCUCCAUCCCCAACUUCAACGACUUCUACAUCGAGCUGGACGGCAACAACAUGGGGGUGGAGUGUCUGCGUCUCCUCAACGAGAUCAUCGCCGACUUUGAUGAGCUUAUGGAUAAAGAGUGCUACAAGGACAUAGAGAAAAUUAAAACCAUAGGCAGCACGUACAUGGCAGCUGUAGGCCUGGUCCCCACCAUUGGAACCAAGGCCAAAAAAUCCACUCACAACCACUUGAGCACAGUGGCAGACUAUGCCAUUGAGAUGUUCGAUGUGCUGGAUGAGAUCAACUACCAGUCCUACAAUGACUUUGUCCUGAGAGUGGGCAUAAACGUGGGUCCGGUGGUGGCGGGCGUGAUCGGGGCACGCCGGCCCCAGUACGAUAUCUGGGGCAACACGGUAAACGUGGCAAGCCGCAUGGACAGCACCGGAGUCCCCGGAAAGAUCCAGGUAACAGAGGACGUGUACCGCAUGCUCAAGUGUAACUACGACCUGGUGUGCCGAGGCAAGGUCAGUGUGAAGGGCAAGGGCGAGAUGCUCACCUACUUCCUGGAGGGCAAGGUGCAGGGCGUGGGCACGGCCACCACCUCCUCAGUGGCACGCUCCGCCAGCCUGGAGCGCCGGGCCCACUCCUGUGGCCGGGCCAGCGUCCAGGCCAAGCCGGGGAGCAUGUCGUCCGUGGCCAGCUUCACCGUGCGCGCCAGCAUGGGCACCAUCCAGGCAGCCACUGGCAACAGCAGCCCCAGCCCGGCUCCGUGCGUUACCUCGUUGUGCGUGCCCACGGUGGGAGAGGUGGACGAGGAGGAGGAGGAGGAGACGCCGGUGGACGGGGCGAUGGUGUAGGGAGCGUGGCGGAGAGCAGGCGUAUCGCUCAGGAGGCCGCCUGACCGCUCCUUGCUGGUGGUUCGGUCCAUCCGACCUUUCCAUGCGGGUUCUGGGACACUGGGACAGUCCACUUAGUGAAAACGAAAAAAGGGGGGGGGGGGAUGCCGUUUUCAGGGCUGGCAGGAGCUGGUUUUACAGAUGGUAAUGCUGUUCAGUGUCACCCGUGAUGGCUGUGGUACUUGCUUCUGUAACAGGGUGAGGGGGGG